AUGGCUUCCUCUGCGCCACAACAAGGAUCUGUUAAUCCACUCACAGGGAAAGAUCCAGCGAAGGCGUUAACAGCUGUAGCGUCUGGAUUCUUCGACAAUCUUCCGUUCCGUGAGUCAGAAGUUCGAAUCCACGACCUGGAGGAAGACACUUCUGUUCUCAAGAAGGAGAGUGAUAGUUUGACGGACCGUAUGAGUAAAAUCAAAAGCGAACUUCUGAAUCAAGCGUCGAUUGACUCUACCGGCGUCUUUGCUUCUCGACUCCGUCUAGUUUUCGGCGACGAAUAA